ACUGUGUCUUCAAUGGCCUCAUUGGUGGCUUAUGAUGACUCAGAGUCAGAGGCUGAGACUGAACCUGCGGAAAGUUUUAAUGCUGCCGGCCAGGUGAAGGACACCUCUGAUGUGGUCAAACCUCGUGGGCAGGAUUUUGCAUCAGAAGCCCCAGGUGUGACAGAAGGGGCAGCACUGCCCACAAAGCACGGUUCUCAUGAAGACCCAGCUGGCCAUCGUCUCCCCCUGGUUCGGCUCUGGAGAAGUGACCCAGGAUCUUGCCCCAGCCAGAGGCUACAGUGGCCCAGAACAGAGCCUGAAGCCACCUUCCCCACAGGCAAGCCUCCUCGACCUUCCCUGUGGACCAGCCACGUUCCAGCUGGCCAUGUGCCCCUGGCAGCUGCCCGCUUUAAGCAGGUGAGACUCUCCUGGGGAACUUACGACUCCCCCAAGCCAUCGUCCUGUGCCCAAACCAAAUCUGAAACCCCAGGUAAAAAUGGCAACUCUCUUCAGAGGAAAAGGUGUGAGGACUGUGUCGUGCCCUACACCCCCAAAAGAUUAAGACAGUCGCAGGCAUUAAGCACAGAAACAGGCGAGAGUAAAGAUACGGAGGCACAGGGUCCCUCUGUGGGGCGUGCCCCGGCCCCUCUCUGUGUGGCCCCCAGAGUGUCCGAGUUUAUUGAGCCAUACUUGGACAGUCCGUAUCGAGAAACCACGAUUCCCAGGAAAGUGCUUUUCCACCUGAGAAGCCACAGGGGCCCCGUCAACAGCAUUCAGUGGUGUCCAGUCUUCGCCAAGAGUCACAUGCUUCUCUCAGCUUCCAUGGAUAAAACCUUCAAGGUGUGGAAUGCUGUGGACUCAGGCCGCUGCCUGCAGACCUAUUGCCUGCACAGUGAGGCGGUGCGGGCCGCCCGGUGGUCCCCCUGUGGCCGGCGCAUCCUCAGCGGGGGCUUCGACUUCGCCCUACACCUCACGGACCUUGAAACAGGAACCCAGCUCUUCAGCGGUCAGAGUGACUUUAGAAUCACUACUUUGAAAUUUCACCCGAAAGACCACAGCCUUUUUGUGUGUGGAGGCUUCAACCCCGAAGUCAAAGCUUGGGAUAUAAGGACCGGCAAGGUGGUGAGAAGCUACAAGGCAACCAUCCAGCAGACCUUGGACAUCCUCUUCCUCCAGGAAGGCUCUGAGUUUCUGAGCAGCACGGACGCUUCGAGCCGGGACUCUGCUGACCGCACCAUUAUUGCCUGGGAUUUCCGGAGCUCUGCCAAAAUCUCCAACCAGAUUUUCCACGAGAGAUACACCUGCCCCAGCCUCGCCUCGCAUCCGCGGGAGCCCGUGUUCCUGGCACAGACCAACGGCAACUACCUGGCCCUCUUUUCCGCCGUGUGGCCCUACCGGAUGAGCAGAAGGCGGCGCUACGAAGGACACAAGGUAGAAGGCUACUCAGUGGGCUGCGAGUGCUCCCCAGACGGUGACCUGCUGGUGACGGGCAGUGCCGACGGCCGAGUCCUGCUGUACAGCUUCCGUACUGCCAGCCGGGCGCGCACGCUGCAAGGGCACGCGCAGGCCUGCGUUGGUACCACCUUCCACCCUGUGCUGCCCUCUGUCCUCGCCACCUGCUCCUGGGAGGGCGACAUUAAGAUCUGGCACUGA